AUGAGGCAGUCGACGCCCAUUCUCUGGGUUGUCCAGGCUUGCCUAAUAUGGCUGACAUUGGUAUCGGCAUCACCUGCCAUUUCUCCUGAUAAUCUUGUGUCUUCGGACUCCGAUGUCUCUGCGCUUCAGGCCCGUGACACAAAACCGUUUCCGCUUCGAAUUCUGCCGCUCGGUGCUUCUAUUACCAUGGGGUAUAAAUCGAAAGAUGGAAAUGGAUAUCGGAAAUGGCUUCGACAGCAAUUGCGCUAUGCUGGGUGGGAGGUUGACAUGAUUGGCACCAUGAAGAAUGGUACCAUGCAUGAUAAUGACCACGAUGGGCACAUAGGCUGGAGAAUUGAUCAAAUAGCAUCUCAUGCCAAGCAGAUCAUCCCACAACAACCUAAUCUAAUCCUUCUCAAUGCUGGUACAAACGAUGCUCUUCAAGAUUACAAAAUAAAGACCGCAGGAAAGCGGAUGGACUCUCUCCUAACAUACCUCUUCGACAACAUCCCCAACACAACCAUCAUCCUAUCAACCCUCACAUACAAUGGAAAGAAACCCCAAUUGGCCACAGACAUCAGCACGCAAUACCUGGAACUUGCAGCGAAACGCCGAGCGCGAAAGGAAAGGCUCGUCGUAGCUGAUAUGAGCACCUUCAUUAAGUGGAAGCAACUCGUGGAUAAGAUUCAUCCGACAGACGCUGGCUACGAGGAAAUGGCAUCGGUGUGGUGGGCGGCCAUUCAACAAGCCGAGAAAGAAGGCUUCCUCAGCGCGCCAGAGUCCACCUCUAUAAGUAGUGGUACUAUCAGCAAGGCGCGGGAAAAGGAACUCGAUGAUAGCACUGGUGAUCCGAGUCUGCCUGCAUACACGGCCCCGCCCCAGCCUACGAAAAUUAGUAACGGGUCGUCUCGGUCCCGGCAGUGGCAUAUCUGGGCUGUUGCAUUCCAGAUGAUUAUGAUGUGCAUUGGUUUCUCUUGUAUAUGA